GGAUGAUAGUAUUUUAUUUUUGAGUGAACUGUCCCUUUAAAUUUAGCUUGAAGGUCAGGCGUCCUAUUUCGUUGCAUGUGAUUGUGACGUAAUUCGCCGGAAGCCUUUUGAAGCCUCUUUUGUUUGUCUGCAGGCAUUUCAUUUUCAGUUUGCUUUGCCCUGUGAUAGAAGAUUUACUUUACCCUGUGAUAGAAGAUUUACUUUACCCUGUGAUAGAAGAUUUACUUUACCCUGUGAUAGAAGAUUUACUUUAAAGCAAUGAGUCGUUGGCGAAAAAAGAAAGAUCAUCGUUUCAUAAACGAGUUCUUGGAAACGACACGGGCACUAGCCAAGUGUUGCUCGCUUCAAGUCCCAAUUAUAUCGCAAAGGGAAUAUCCACACAUUCCAGACGACUCCUUGUUUUUGCAACGAGCAGCUGAAGUUUGGGGACCCCACAAAAACAUCAAGAAUGUGUCUUCAAACGAUGACGUCUUCGUCAAAGCACACGAAAGCGUUGAAUCUUUGUUCGACCAGGAGAUUUCUUCAGAUGAUAUUUUUGUAACAGCACGCGAAAGCCUUGAAUCUUUGUUCGACCAGGAUGUUUCUCCAGAUGAUAUUUUUGUAGCAGCACAUCAAAACAUCGAAUCGCUGAAAAAUGAGUCGGGGUCAAUAGAUGAGGUGUUUGCAACAGAAAAAAUAAGCCGGGAACCGAACAGACAAUGUGCUGUGGAGUGGCCAGGAUGUUACAUCCGCCCACCAGUAUACAUUAAUUUAGACCCUCCCAGGAUGAUCUCUCGGAGUACCCAAUCAAGCGAGUGUCAGCUUCAUAUCAGUGAAGAGCCGAAAAAGAAAAGGAGAAGAAAGGCCAUCAAGGCCUUCUUCAAAAAAAAGUGGAAGGCGUUAAAUGCACAUUCACACGGUGCACAGGGGACUCCGAUUCAUAGAUGGAAAUUUACUUUAUUGAAUUUGUUUGUAAAACACAGAAAAGAAAAACAAAGCAGGAUCUACGACGAUGAGCAGCGGAUCGUCCCUACCUGCAGCAACUUUCCCCUGGGCGUCUUGGCAGUUCCGGAGGUGUUAGAGAUUUUUCUAAAAGUCCUUUUCAGGACUGACUGAGCAUUCUCCAACGCGGCAUGUCCCGCUGUUCUCUUGGGUGUGGCACCCUCAUCGAGGAGGGGGAUGGACACGAUCGCUGCGUUAGGCGUCUGGGCGUUCAGCACGCUGAAGCAGCGUUCGUUGACGCAUCUUACCCGCACUGCGGGCAGAUUGUCAUUCAGAAGUUGCGGUCACGGGUGGCUGUCUUCCUACGGGAAACAGCCACCAUUUCGUUUGCUACCCAGGCCGUGACAACGGUGGCUAUGGCCCCGAAGUCCGCCUGUGUUAGCAGCGUUAGUGAUGUUCGCUCUUUUGAACAUUCCCCAACCGGCGGUGGCAUACCGUCCGGACCCUCAGGCACGCACUCGGAAACGAUGACGUGACGUAGAUGAGAUGUCGCUCGCAGCAUCGGAGGGAGACUGGCAUCCGACUCUGGCGAAUCCGAGCUCCCCCCCGGGGGGUCGAGCUCAGGAUGAAGCAGAAGUGAUGUCAACCAUGCUAACCCGGGAAAGCGUGGUUCCUGGGGUCGGAGCGCGGUGAAGACCGCGCCAACCCCAGGUGCCAUGUUUUUCCCCGGAGGUGCAUGAGGAGCUGUGUAAAACUUGGAACGCUCCACUCACGGACCGUUCCAGUGAAACCAGCUCCGGCUCCCUUACUUCCCUCGUUGGUGGGGGCAGCCGGAGGCUACGUCGAGAUUACCCGGGGGGAACGGCGCCUGCGCUGCACCUGUGCCGCGGGCGGCUACCUCCUGUGGGGAAUUGGCCACGCCUACCGUGCAAGGCAUGUAGGACUUCCUCAUCACUGGUGCCGAGGCCUUGCGCUGCCGCGGGCCAAGCUGCCUCCUCUCUCUAUGCCAUGGCCAUCCUGCACGCCAGGGCGUUAGGAGAGCUCCACGGGGGUAUGGCAUACGAAUGUAUACAUACGACAGCUGUCACCACUCUCAACUGACAGUGUCAGCCGUUGUCCCUCCAGGCUGGUAAAAGGGAGGAACCAACCAUCCGUCCAGGGACCCCCGCGACAGAUGGUUGGCCCCGCCAGCCGACGAACCACCCCCCGUGGUAAUGAUGAAGCAGACCGUCCCCUCGGUCAGGUGAGCUCCGGCCUCUAGUGCAGGGCCAGCACGUGUUGUUCCUCCUGACAGCACGACAGCCGUAGCGUAUAUCGCCAGGGUGGUGUACGCUCACGGCAGCUAACACAACUUGCCCGACGCCUCCUCCUGUGGAGUUAGCAGGUGAACCGUUCCCUGCGGGCCACACACAUCCCAGGCAAAUCUGAACCAGACAGCCGACGUGCUCUCUUGUCAGUAUACUCUUUGCGGAGAGUGGCAUCUCCGCCCCCGGUCCAGCUCAUUGGGUGAUGUUCGGACAGGCACAGAUAGACCUCUUUGCCUCCCGCGAAACCACCCAUUGUCUGCUUUGGUACUCCCUGACCGAGGUCCCCCUCGGCACGGAUGCCCAGGCGCUCAGCUGACGGGCGUAAGCAAACCUUUCCCCACCAGGAGCCUCCUUGCACAGACAUGUGCGAGGUCAGGGAAGAGGAGCACCAAGUGUUAUUGGUUACACCGCACUGGUCUAAGCGCACUUGGCUUCAGAGUCGAUGCUCUGGACAGCUACUCCCCCCCGACCCAUUCCCCUGACAGAAGACCUGUUCUCUCAGUGAAAGGACACGUUCUGGCAUCCCAGAUCAGACCUCUGGAAUUCCCAUGUCUGGUCUCUGGACGGGACGAGAAGAUCAUGAGAUGGCUACUCCGCAUUUACGGAUGAGACCAUCACCCAGGCUAGGGCCCUGUCUACUAGGCGGUUACACGCCUCUAGAUGGCGCCUCUUCCCGUCCUGGUGUCUCUCUCUCAACGAGAAAGACCCACUGAGGUGCUCGAUCAGGAUUGUGUUGUCCUUAUGAGACUGGAGACUAGCAUCUCCCCUCCCCGCUGAAAGUGUAUGUAGUCGCUAUCGCCACUCAUCACGUCUCAGUUGAUGGGAAGUUUCUAGGGCAACAUGACCUUAUCAUCAGGUUCCUAAGGGGCGUGAGAGCGCUGAAUCCGCCUCAUCUCCGCCCAAUACUCUCUUGGGACCCUAAAGUGGUACUGGGGGGCUUCUGGGCCCCCCAUGAGCCCCUCGGAGGUUCCGAUCUUCCUCACCUGAGUAGGACGGCCCUCCUGGGGAGGAGGACCCAACCCGAUUUGUGUUGUGUCCAGCGCAUGUAUUGCGCCUUUACCCGGACCGCACGCAGAGCUCUAAGCUCUGACCAGCUCCGUGUCUGUAUUGGAGGACAGCAGAAGGGGAAGGCUGUCUCCAAGCCGAGGCUGGCGCACUGGGUCGUGGAUGCCGUUACUACGGCAUUUCGAUCUCAGAAUCUCCCAUGCUCAAACACCUUCGCAAGGGUUAACAACCUGCGCGUAAACCCGGUGUCAGCCCACGUGCUAUGUGGCGAUAUGUAGGACUGGCAUCUGGGGCGGCGUAUGCCUGCGAGAGCACCUUUCCACCCUCCAGUAGGUUGGGUCAGUAAUCUAUCUACCUCUCUUCUUACCCAAACAUAUGGCUAAGAACAGGUACCUCACCAACCUCCCUUCUUACCCAGAUACUGGUUAGGAACAGGCAUUCCAUCCAUCACUAAGCAAGCACCCCCUGGGGGUUGGCUGGGCAGAGCAGCCUUCCCCCUUAGGCCGGGAUACCAUAUGAACUAUCACAGAUAGCUCUAACCGGACCUAGUGCUACCGGACGUCUGUAACACCCCCUCCGUGGGUUGUUCCGUCUGAUGUAUCCUCAUGAGAAUGGUUCCCACUCCUGGUAACCCAUGAACUUCCCCAGGUGGACCUCCACCUCACGGUUAACAACUCAGUCCGCACGUUCCAUGCGUUCUCCUCCAAGGUCGAGACCAUACCUAUAUCCACCAUUUUUCCUCCCCACGGGUAGGAGGUGGCCUCUGCAGCGCAUCCCUAAUUAAGGAAGUUGC